AUGACCGACCAAGACAGCAACGCGCCCCGGGGCCUACCUUCUGUCGAGCAGCUGGCUGCUAUCGCCCUGGCCCGCCUUGCCAGUACCGCCAUCACCGAAGCCAGGCUCCGGGACGUCUUUGCCGAGAGGCGGACGUGGCAACAGCCUUCGGAAGAGGUCCAGGAACCUUCGCUCUCCCGACCCAGCCGAUCGCAACGAGGUCUCCUACGAUUCCCCAACAUCAUGAAUUACAGCCUCCGGGAUAGGUUCAAACCCCAACAGGACCACGAACAACAGUCUCCGGGUGAGGGCCAGCAAGCCUUCCGCCCAGAGCCCCAGGCCCCUGCAUCAAACGCCCCGACGCUGGACCACAACCUCGGCGCAGAGGACAGAUGCGAGGAACCCGAUCUCCCGAAAGAGACAGCCAAAACGAUACAAGCGCGCUACGAUGGGCUGAAGGAACCCCGAUGUUCUGUCGCGCAUUGGGGCAUCUGGCGCCAGACGAACCCUACGCCGCAUAAGCGCUUUGUCCCUGAUCUCUGUACCCACAAGGUCACGCUAGAUGACAAGUCCUUUCAACUCGACCGCUUAUUCUCCCACGACGCCACACCGGGCGACAUCUUCGCUGAGCUGGAGCCAUGGGUUCUCCACCUCUCUUUGAAGCUGACGGAGCGCAAGUACCACUGCCCUGUUCUUCUUGACGUUAGAUUCUCUGGUCUCGGCAAGACGCGGGUGAUGACGGGCGACGCUGCAGGUGGCCCAUUUACCUUGGACACGUCUGUGAUCGGCUGCACAUCCAAACUGCUCUUCAAGAACAGGCCACGAGAGGUUGGUGUUGUUGGACGAUUGAUAGAGAUAUGUAUCGGCGAGAAGAACGAGAUUGUUGUAUGUACUCUCGAAAAAGGCAUAGCAACAGUAGCAAAGCUUGACGGCAAGUUGAAGGAAGGGAGAUUUCGCCAGGCAUCAUCACACACUAAGCUCGGAACUCACAAGGAUGCGAUGAACUUUGUACGGCGAUGCGUUAAAGCCCGCCGAUGCAGACAGACUCCACGCAACCUUUCUGGCUCGUCACGUUCGCAUCAGCUUAUCUUCUUCGACUUUGUUGCCAAGGGCGAGAAUGGAGAGCUACUCCUAGACAAAGAUAAAGAUCUCCUUGGUACCGUCGUGUUUAGCGAGCUUGCUGGUCAUGAGCCUGGUGAAGUCGAAAGAGCCGAGGUCAACGCGGAACUGGGCGGCCAUACCAAUACAAUGCCGCUAUGCUUGCCCAUACCCGUUUCCCACGUUGUCUUUGCGUCGAUCUAA